AUGCUGGUGACCUAUUUGGAAGCCAGCCGGGACCUUUGCGAGACGGACUCAAUUCUUUUUGGCGCCGCACUGGCAGUAUGCCGUAUUAUUGGCGCCAAACUUCCCGUGGCAGGACGUGCUACUCAAAAAAUUUGCGCCAUGCCAGCCUGGAGAAAAAGCAUUGAGGACCGUAUCGCAAAGGCAAGGGCCCUUAUCGGCAGACUGACAAGCUUCAGGUCGGGUAAUAAUAGACCAAGAGUUGUGCGCACCGUUAGAAUGGCGUUUGCUGGGACAAAUUUUAGUUUGUCCCAGCCGAUUAUCACGCAAAAACUAACGGAGCGCAUAGAUGACCUGAAGCAAAAAAUCGCUGCUUGGGGGAAGCGGAUUCGACGAUUUAGCGAGAGGUCAAGGCGGUUCAAUCAGAAUCGUCUCUUCCAGAGUGAUCAGAAGAGGCUCUAUAAAUCAUUGGAGCGACCAGAGGUAUGUGGAGCGGGCCCAGGACCGGAUCAGGCUGACACUGUCGCAUUUUGCUGGUUUUUUUUUUUUGGCGUGGCCUGUGGUCAGAGCCCGUAA